UCCUUAGUCCUGACUAAAAUAUUUUUCUUUUUUGACAAAAAAAUAUUCAUAUUUCAUUGGAUAACAAUAUAUCGAGAAAGUAGACUUUCAAACAUUGAAUAAAUUAAUAUUCUGACUGAAAUCUGCAUUUUCGCAGUCAAGAUUCGUAAUAAACAGUAAACAGUAACAUUAAUUAUGAAAAAAUAAACAUUCCUAUUUGUGCAAAGGAAAGCGCAAUUCCCAAUUUUAUUUUAAAGGAAACGCUAUUUUACUUAGCCAAAAUAUUUAUUUGUGAAGUGUAAACUCGAAGACUGUUUGUGAAAGGGCGUUGGGAAGUGGGUCAGCGGUGAACGCCGUAAACAAAGUGCACCGGAGACGUAGUAUGUUCUAGAUUUUCUUGCGCUGCGAUAAUGGGUUCGUUUGGCGGUCAACAGUGAGAAUGGAGAGACUGUCGCAGGAUUUAAACCUGGCUUUAGAGGAGAGCAAUUGUGGACGGCAGGAGCGCCGCAAGAUAGGGCUCCGUCGCAGGACUCGCUCCGCCGGCAAUCUGCCAGCAGCAGUCACCGUGAGUCUGGUAGAAGAUGGUAGCUCCAGCAGUCCACCUCAGGCACCGCUCAUCACACAACCACUGUCUGACUCCGAUGAUCCUCAUGUCAGCCAUCACAAGUCGUCCAGCCUUAAGUCAAGGCAUUACUGCCACAUUGGCAACUUUGAGUCGGACUCGUUCAAUGAAAAUUUUUCACCUACAAGGCCAGCUAAUGCAAGACGGAAAAGGAAAUAUAAAAAAAUGCCAGUGGAUUAUACAGAUGGGAAACGGUCCCCGCCUAUCGAGAUAUUAAGUGUUACCACAGAGCCAAAUGCAUUGCCAGCAACAAUAAUGCUACAGAGUCAAAUGCUGUCCCCAGCUAUGCAUGUAAAUAAGCAAAAAACACUACUUAAACCAGAAAGAAAUACAUUCUGCGGCAAAAGGAAAUGGUCACACAGAGAUAAAGAUGUAUGUGAAAUGAGAGAGCGGUCACUAAGCGGUGGAUGUUCUUCAAAGUCAACUUUUUUUAAAAACACAGAAUUUAAGUAUAAGAAAUAUGACACUGAGAAGAUUAAUAAAGAUUCAGUGUUGCAACCAGGAAAAAUAGUACUUAAAUCGCAGAAUGCUGAAGGUACAAAAUCAACAUUUGGCAAUACAUCCUCAUUACCGGGCAGUUCCAGUUUUAACUUUGUUUACAAGAAUCCUUCAAAGAAUGGUACUCCAGUACUGUCGAAAAUGACUGGUUACAAAAUAACAACAAAUUUGCCUCCGUUUUUUAGUACUUCUACCGGUAUACUAUCGGGCUUCGAUCCUAAAUACCACAGGAAGAUCAAAAUGUUAAAUAAAUCCCAUCCACCACAUUUAUUAAGAAACUUUCAUCAAUUUGAUGACUCAAUCAACAGCAUGGAUGCGGGUAAUGAGUCUAGUUCAUUGAGUAGUAGUGAUUCAGAGGGCCUCGUGACUAAUGACAGUGAUAGGGAAGGCGAUGACGAAUUAACGGAUUGGCCUGGAAUCGAAGAACUUAAAGUGUUCAACAAGAGCUUAACAUUCAAAACGUCCAAAACUUCAGUGAACACCACUUCCCCAAAGACGGUCAGCAACAUGCCUCCACCAAAGAGGUUAAAGAAGGAGAAGUUACUCGUCAAAAGUGGUUGGGCUAGUUGCAAAAAUAGAUUCAAAAAGAAAAGAGCGAAAGUAGAUUCCGGUAAUGAUGAUGAUGCUAUGAUGUCCGAUUCUAAAACUAUCAUAGAUAUGGGGGAGGAGUCUACGUCCAAAGAAAGCAGAGAUAUUCUACAGCCACAUUCGUCUUUUUCCAGCUUUAGUGACAUAAAAAACGCUGGUCUGACGGGACAGAAUGCAAACGAGUCGUUUUUUCAAUCAUUUCAGGCUUUCCAAGAGAAAACUGCUCAACAAGAGGAGAUCAAUCAGGCGCCGCGCACUAAUUUCACGCUACAGAAAACGUCAUCAAGUGACUUGAACUUGAGUGAGAAAUCGCCACAAAGCGAUCACUACUACAGCGAACAUUCUAUGGGAAAUGCUGUGGUGACGGAAGUAAGAGAAAUAAGAGCCGGUUGUCGCAGAAUUCGUGAGGAAAGGCCUGGUUUUCUUAUCCUUAGUGCUGCUAAUGAACAGCUCUCAAAGUUCCUACAAGAUUCUUGCCAAACUGAGUUGAAAUUGUCGAGUUUUAAUGACCCUGAAGAGAGGGAGAAGUUGGAGUCGUUAGCUAAACUGUACUCCUUGGAGCUCCAGGUCGAGAUGGGCAGGCCUAUACUGAGGAAGACAAGUAACACGAUGCAAGCCAUCCGAGUAGAACAUUCAUACCACACUUUCCCUUCGGAUCACAAAAGGCGUUGCUAUGGCGACGAGACAGAUACCAGCCUCAGUCUUAGUGAUCAGAACUCGGUCCAUUCCAUUAACGAUCUAGACGAAUCUCAGGAUGUACCACACAAAGAGUGUGAUAUGACUUCGCAAGAGUUAGUCGAUACGUUUUCGCACACACUUGUCGAUAAAUCUCUAUUGCAUCCGGGUGAUAUCGACUGAAUACAGUAGGGAUGGGCGUGAAUAAAGUUGAAUUUACAAGUCGAUUUUUCGGAUCUCAUAUCCGAGGGUCGAAGCUAGUGCAGGAGUUUUAAAUUAUAUCAGCAUAUCUACUUUUAUAAAGGUAAGCGAUCAUUCGCUUAUUUGUAAUUAAGACAUUUUAAAUACCUUCUCGGAUUUGAAACGCCAUUUCAAUUGGUGAGAUACAACUAUAUUUAAACCAUCAAUGUUUGAUUAAAAGCCUUUUAACAGUUGUUUGGUACAUGCAUUCACAAUACAGUUCGAUCGUCUGUCUCGACGUUUCGAGCAUUAUGAAAUUGUAUGGAAUUAUAUUGAAAAUGAUUUUCUAGAAUAAAACAUGUGCAUGACACAUUGUAAAUAUUAAAAUAAAACUAUCAUGCGGAUUUUAUCGCGGGUUUUAUACUAUAAUUUGUUCCCGUUUCGAAGACUGCAGCCUUCGUGGUCACGGACAUGUAAAUAGUUAUUUGGAACAUAACUAUAAAAAAUCUAAAGAUCUUCCUAUAAGAGCUUCGAUGACGUAAUGAGCUGGUAUUGUCUGAUUCAUUGUAAUUGUAACGCAUUAAGCGGGCAAAGAUAACAAUUGAUGUUUUUAUGAUUUUGUAAUAGCCUAUGUUAUGUGGAAAGUAUGAUGAUGGUAUCUGAUGAAUUAAAUCGUUUAAGGUGUUUCUCGAUGUAAGUUCAUUCCUUUUGAAUUUAGUGAAAUGGCUUUAAUUUGUAAUUUUUGACUGUUUUAUGUCUAUAGGAAUAUUUCUUCGUUUAUGGACUUUGUGGUAUGCAAAAUUUGCAUUCUUAUGUGUGUUGUGAGACAGUUCAAAUUGACUAAUUUAAUGUAAAUCUUGGGUAAUGCACUAUAGGAAUAAUUAUAUCUUAAUGAAGUAAUACAUAGGAUCAUUGUUGUGGAUUUUCAUUUCAUCCAACAUAGAAUAAAUACAUAAAACUUUACUAAUCGACUUUAAUGUCUGUAUGUCUAACUAAUAUUUUAACUUAUCAUUUUGAGUAACAUUUAAUGUUAACAUUGGCAAGAAAACUUGCAGAAUUUGACUUUCUCAAGCUAUUUUUGCCACAUAAAUAACUAUAAGCUUGCAAUACUUGUGAUGCAUAUACAACUAUUAAUAUAAUAUAUUGUCGUUGGUAAAAAUGUUUCUGAAAUUUCUUACGUAAUAUAUUGCUGCAAGUACUUGCAAGUUUAAACUUGGCUUUAGAGGAAGCAAGACAAAACACUGGUUGGAUAAUAUGAUAAUCGUUUAAAGUGUUUAUUAAGGCGGUUAUUAUAAAUUAAUGUGUAAAGUUUAUAUACAGGUCGAUGUUUAAAUUAUAGAGGAAUAAGUCAUGACAAAAUUUUAAUUGAGUUCUCUAUGUAUAAAAAAAAUAUAUUUUUUUUUACAUUUUAAAAUUAAAUGAUAAUUUCAAUAAAAAUAUUACUUAAAUUUCAGGCCAUAUAAUAUUAUUUUUAAUUAAGGCUAAGUGAAUAACACAAUGCGUGUAAAAAUGACAUUGUAACGCCAUUCGAGGUUGACAACUAUUCAAUUGUGGUUUCUGAACAAAUAAUUCCAUGAAAAUAAUGGUAAGAAUUUAAGAUUUUAAUAUCCUAAGAUAUUUCUUAAUGAGUAUCUAUUCUUUGGAGUGGCAAAAAUUGUAAUUAAACCUUUUGAGGGAGAAUUAUUGUCAGCAUUGGCUUUUUUAAAAGACGGAAUUCGAUCAUUCACAUUACCGAAAUAUAAUGGUCUUUGCUUAUAACUCAUGAUUCUUUCAAAUAUUAAGUGACGUAAACUAGUUAGUUGCUGUUUUAGUAGUUAAUUAUUUGUGAAUCAUUAAUGAACAUAAUUGUUAUGUUUUGCUGUAAUCAUUCUUGCCAUUCUCUCAUACUUAAAUUGAUAUUUUUGUAAUGAAAUAUUUAUUUGUAACUGACAUAUCUAUGUGAGUGCGGCAUAAACUUAAAAGUAUACAUUCAAUUUGUAAGUCAAAUUAUUGGAAAUGUAGAGGCUUUUUGAUGUUGUAAUUGUUAUUUGUCGCGGCCCGCUGGCACGGGUUGUAAUACUUUGUAGUAAUUAUUAACUCUGGUAAAAUGUAAAUAAACUAAUUCGAUAAAGAUAAUAAAAAGACGCAUAAAACAUGUAGGUAUUUGGGUGUUAUUGUUUCGGUUGAAUGUAUUUUUGUAUGUGUGUGAAUUGUCUUGAGAGUUUGGCAUUUUGAAAUUUUGCCACAAUCGUUACACAAACAGACGAAUAAAAAUAUUUUUGUAAUUGCAUGCAAUGGAUUAAACAGAGACAUAUGUAUUUUCUUUUCUCUCUUGUUAUGAGUUUCAACUUUCAUCAUAUUAUAUAAAUCUCAGUGGCGUAACGUGGGUCAUUGCCGAUCCUGGUAGAUACAAAACUUGCCGCCCAUAUGCGUCGAAAGCAAAAAAGAAAAAAUACCCGUUUCAACAAAUCAAAAAACACUCCGCCCCUCUGGCUCCUAGUGCAUGUGUCUAAAUAUUUUUUUAAGAAAAUCACCCGCUUCAACAAAUCGAUAAAAAUUCCCUGCCUCCUUGGCUCCUAGUGCAUAUGUCAAAAUAUUUUUUUAAAGGUUUUAUUUUAAACGGUUAGCCGCCCGCCUGUAAUUACCGGCCGGAGAGGCUACAACCUCCCCUCCCUUUCGUCUCCCCAACUUUUUAAAGGUUUUAUUUUAGACAGUCAGCCACUUGCCUAGAAGUGCCACCCGAGACGGAACGAACCAAUCAAUACGGCAUUUACUAACAGCGUUAAAUUUUUCUGCCCGUCACACUGCCAUAUUGUGAUUUUGUCUUUAUAAAACGAUAAACUGACCAAGUGAACGAUAGUUAAGACUUUUCGUAAUUUCCUUUGGCCGAUGUUUCUGUGAGGAUUUAAUGUAAACAAUGGAUUAACCUAACAAUGUAUUUUAUGUAAAUAACAAUAGUUCUUUUUUAUUUUAGUUGUGUUGGAAAUAUUUACAACUUUAUGUUCAAUAAAUAUAAAGUAUGGCCGCUAUUUUCUACCUAAAUGUAGUUGGAGCUUAAAAUCCCUACAUUCUAGAUAUUUAUUAUUAUCACUUUCAGAUUUCAAGCAAUAACAAUGCAACGGGCUUUGCUUGCUAGCAAUUAGUUACAAUUGUAUGAAAUAAGUAUUAAUAUUAGAUCAAUAUUCUAAUACAACUAAAAUAUUUAAAAACUAAAUAUGUUGUAAAGCAUUUGCGUCGGUAGAUGGCGUUGGUCGCGCUAUUGAUUUCAUUGAAGACUAUUUUAGUUUGUUAUUAAGUUUUAACAAAACUUAUACAUUGGUUUACACUAACUCUAUACAGUUAUUUGUAGUUAAUGUACACGAAUCAAUGUCAUGUUCGGGAUGGUUUUGUAUUAUGAAAUACAAGAAAUUAUAUCUUUUGAAA